GCAAGAUGACCUCGAUCGACAACGAUCCUCUGUUUACGUCGCUGUGCAACGAAAAAACGCUCCAGUCGCAGAAGGAAGGAUUUUUCAACGAGUUUUACCAUUCGGUGGCGGAAAACUUUACCGGCAAAAGUGCCCGCUGGCUGACGGACGUGUACCAGAAGGUGCCGACCGAUCAGGAACGGUUGCGGCUGAUCUACGAAGAUCCGGUCGUUGCGUAUGAGGUGCAGGGAACGCUCGAACACGUUGAGCCCGUGUUUCGUGGGAAGGAUGCAAAGUUUUCCUGGCAGCGGCGUGAGCAGGCCUUGAAAUUGCUUAGCGAAAAUAAGCUGCAGCAGGCACUUAUAAUGGCCUGCCAGGCGGUGAUGCGUGCUCCCGGUCAGGGUGUGGAUCGAUACAUUGACAAGGGCCUAUCGCUAGCGCUCGCACUAUGGACGCGGGCUGAAGUUUUCAUUCGUAUGCUGGACGGUAAACGCGGUCUUCAGGAUCUGCAGCUCGCUUCGAAGUGUGGCCUACCGGUAAAGCAAAACGCUGACUACUACGCACGUGUUGCUAAGUGUUACGCACUUUCGGGUGAGAAUAACCGUGCCGAGGUUGCGGCCAAAUUGUUCCAUCAACUAUCCGGGCAUAAUGAUUAUGCGCUCACGCGCCUCAAGGAAGAUAUGGAUGAUUUGCGUGUGCUUAAGCAGGAAACGCCACCGGUCGAGUUGGAGCGCACCUUACCGAAACUGGCCGGUGAUGGUGAGAGUAGUGAAAUUGCAGGUGCAUCCAACAAGAUCAAGCUUGCCGGCAGUAAGGACGAUCCACGCGGUCGUUACGUCAUCGCGGCAGCAGAUCUUGGUCCUGGUGAGGUGAUUCUUACCGAGCCGGCCUACGCUGCUUGUCUGCAUCCGAAGUACUUUGGAACGCACUGCACUGCCUGCUUCUCGAGAUUGAUAGCACCGGUCGCAUGUCCAGACUGUUGUGGAGUGGCUUUUUGCUCGGUAGCCUGUCGGGAUAAAGCCUGUGCCACGUACCAUCGCUUCGAGUGUCAGUAUCUCGAUCUAAUGAUCGGUUCCGGUAUGUCCAUUCUAUGUCAUGUCGCUUUGCGUAUGAUCACUCAGGCCGGUACGCCACAGAAAGUGAUCCAAGAGGGUAAAAUGUUGCGGGACACGUUUUGUGCCCAUACCGAGCAUCGUGAUCCGGAAGAUCACUUUAAGCGCACGCUCAUGACCGCUUUCUUGCUGCGCUGUCUACAGAAAGCGGAAUUUUUCGGUCGUCGUGCAACGGAAGCACCGGAACCGAACGAGCAGGAGCUGCAGGUUGGUGCGGUUCUGCUAUCCGCACUCCAAUCGCUACAGUUCAACGCUCACGAGGUGUACGAAACGCGCAUCACCGGUGAGCAUCGGUUCGAUACGGCCAAAGUGCAGUAUAUCGGGGUGGGCAUUUAUCGUGGCGCAUCGAUGUUUAACCACGAGUGCUAUCCGGGUGUAACUCGUUCGUUUCUUGGAACAUCCAUGAUACUGCACACUAGCCGACCGAUACCGGCCGGUGCGGUAGUGCCAGAAAAUUAUGGGCCACACUUUCUGCGACAACCGAAAGCGGUGCGUCAACGGAAUCUACGAUCACGCUACUGGUUCAAGUGUGAUUGUCGAGCGUGCGGUGAGGAUUGGCCGAAGAUGGAUAAGCUGCCGGACAAGCCACGACUGCGCUGCACCACUCCGGACUGUGGAAAUGCACUGUCCUACCCAAGCAAACCGUCGCAGCGCACUGUAAAGUGCAACAAGUGCAAGAAACAGAUCAACCUGGAGGCGAGCGUGAAAAUGCUCGAGGCUAGCGAUCAGUUGUGCACAACCGGUGCGGAAAUGAUGGCGUCUCAUCAGUUGGAGGACGAACGCGUUGACGAAGCAAUCGAACUUCUGACGAAGGGCAUCGCACUGUUUGCUCAGGUUGCUGUGCCACCACACAAACCGACCCUUGUUGCCGAAGAAUCGCUGAGGUCCUGCUUUGCGGACAAGGGUAACGCUAAUCGGUACUGACAGCAUCCUGAG